CUGAGAUGUUCUCCUGCUCAAUGACUGUCACUGGGGCUUUGUCCUGUAUCUUAAUCCUGCCUUAUCUGCAGGCGAAGCCUCUCAUAAAGUUGGCUGAUAAAAUUAACGAAUCAAGUAGGUCUGUGAGUAUUGACUCAUCUGAAGCGCAUAACUUCCUGGCACGUUCUCGCCGUUCAACUGAUGUGAAAUGGUACCAAAAGGAUCCAGACUUCCAGUCGUACUACAGAUACUACAGCAGCAUUGGACACGUUGAGGGCCUCUAUGAGAUCGACAAGAUCCGGAUGCUAUACCAGCAGAUGCAUCACCUGGAGCAGACCUACGGCACAGAUGCCUCCAACUACCAGAACAUUGCAGACCUUUGGAUUCCCAAAGCCACUUCUCCUCCUCCAACCACCAAACCUCCACCUCCACCCACCACCCAUCCACCAAUGCUGUCUCUUUCUCAGUCUGAGGUUAUAUACCUGUGCAACCACAUAGACCCACUCUGUAAGCCCAGAAUUGUGUAUGUGCCCACUGGUGCUGUCAUUGUUCCCUGUGAUCCACGCUACCACCACAGCUGUAAGCUAAGUUCUACUGAGGGCCUGUCUGAGGCCGCUGAGCCACACACCACCACCCCUCCAACUGUGCCGAAAACUCCCAGCAUUGUCAUGAGAGGGAUGGAGUAUGACUGUGACCCCUACUGGGAUCCUGACUGCUUGGUCGAAAAAAAACCAAGACCUGUGAAAGCGAAUGAUCCUCCUGUAACAAACCUCCCGAUGAAAUCUCUGCAUAUCAACAAAGCAGAAACAGAGGAUGAAGAAAAUGCUCCUGCUCCAUCAUCUGAGAACAAAGAAGCUUUGGAUGCUUCCUAUGGCCUCUAUGAUCCAUAUGAUUACUACAGGAAUCUUUAUGAUCCUUACCUUUAUGUUAGCCCAGCCCCGGGUUCUCAGUAAGACUGAGAAUACAUCAAAAAACAUAUAAUAUUGGAAAACCUGGGGUUCAAACUGGCAGACCAAAUAAGUGAAAAUCAUUUGAAGUAUUAUUAUAAUUUUUUGUAUACUUCACA